UUUUCAUGUUGUAUUAGUCUUAAGGUAAUCAUUAAAUUUAUGAGGUGAAAGGACAAGAAGUUUAAAAUUUUUAAUAACUUAGGGAUUUUAUUGAAUAGAUAGUGUGAUACAAGUUUGUGGUUAUAUCAGACGUUUAGUUAGAGAAAAUGUACUUCAAAUGAAAGUGACUUUGUGAAUUAUUGAUUCGGUAACCUGACGGAUUUUACAGGAUAUAUCUUAUAAGCUUGAUAAAUAUGAUAUUUGAAAGGUAAAAGCUGUAAGAAAAUUAUACAUGAAAUAAUAUAUUCUAACUGGCUGAUAAUGUUUCUGUUUGUGCAGAAAAAUACAUUACAGAGAAUUUUGAUAUUUAUAAUGCAUAGGAAUAUACAUAUAUUCAGUGUUGAGAAAUAUUAGUGUUUAAAGUAGGAACAUUUUGCAAAUUUGUAAAAAUAUAGACUGGGACGAAUAGUAUUAGUCCUAGAUAUAGGCAGCAUAUUAUAGGACUUACAGUGGAGAACUGAUUGAUCAUUCUGUAGGCUGACAUUCUAUAGAAUUAAAUGUAAUAUGAAAUACUUGACCUUACAUAGAAGUUUACCACAAAGACAUAAUUUUCUGUGGAAACAGCAUGAUCCGACUGUAGAUAAACAUGCUGAUUGUGACAACAUACCAAUUGUUAUAUCAUUGAAGCAAAUACAUGGAUUAACUCCUCCUUAUCAAAUUAAGCUUGAUGUAGGAAAACAGCCUGAAUACCAAGUUAGAGUUAGUCUUUAUGAUGCCACCUAUAAGAAUUUUCUUGGACGACAGUGGCUGGGUCCGCUCCACACGGCUCAGGGAGGAGGUGAAAACAAACCCAAGUUAAAGUAUAAUCAGAAUGUAUACUUCCACACCUCCAUCAACAGUAUAGGUGUCAUGGCAAUUGUAGAGGUCAUCUCAUUAAUGAUGGACCAGAAUGGCAACAUGAAGUACAACCCCUGUGGUUGGACUAUUGUUAGGAUAUUCAAAACAGAUGAAGAGCUACCAGAUUCUUCCAGAUCCAGUACAGUUCCUGUUCAAAAGAUUCAAAUGUAUUAUGGUUCACCUAGAGCUUUGUAUUUUAUGGAGGAACCAUUAGAAGAAAACAAUUUAUUGAAACCUAUACCAGACUGUGUAUUACAAUGUACGAUAGCCACACACAAAGCCAUGUUAUAUGCCAUGUCUGUAAUGCCAGAAAAUGUAAUUGUGGGUAACAACGAUGUCAUACCAGGACUUCAGGAUGGUAAUACUCCAGGGAAAGAUAGAAUGAAGAAAGCCAAGUUACAUAGACAGGUUAUAGCUACUAUUGAAGCAUUGAACAUUCACCUCCCGCCAUCUGUAGAGAAGUUUGAAGAUGAAUUAUGUGCCCUGUUGAGUGAAGAUCGAAGACACAGAGAAAAUCGUCAAACAGGAACAAAUGUUUCUAUUGUAGAAAGGAGACUUUUGAUAGGGGUACACAAUGGUUGGUGUUAUUUGUCCAAACCAGAACUUCAUCACUUGGAUGUAUGGAGUGAGGGGAACAAAGUACUGAAACCACAGGCUAGUCCUAGUAUGAGAAGAAGUCAGAAAUACAUGUCAACUUCAGUCAGAUCAUUAAAUGGGGCUGUUAGUCAACAUGGUCAAGGUACAAUGCUUGUGUUAAAGAACAGAUUAGAGAUUUGUGAGUUAUUGGAAGAUCCUAUGUUGUCACUGGUGUUUACAUUGGAGUAUGUUAUUGGUGAACCUAUCUCUCAGGAGGAAAGAAAGAUGUAUAGUAGCCUCAGCAGAGGUAAUUCUCGUAUUGUAGCACUACGUUGGUGUGCCUGGAAUCCGUUCCUACAUCCUAACCAGGAGAAUAUUAGUAUAUCAUUGAUGGGUGGAGCUGUCCCUAAUCCCAACGAUGAUCUAACUUAUAAACUACCAGAUACUAAAAUGCAAGACGCUGAUGCUGGGAAACAUGCUGGUGGAUCUAUUAACUUCUACUGGAAAUGCUCAAUGGAUGGCCAGUCCUUGCAGGUGCCCAUGGGAGCCCCACACUUUUUACCAGGGUCUAUGCCGUCAGUGAGAAGUGACGAUGGAAGUGAGGCAUUACCCAGUCCAGAUAGCAGCAAGAGGCCACCAUCAGGGAGAGUGAAGGAAGUAAAAGAAAGGAAAGGUGGGGGUAGACAUACAAGUUGGUCCAGUGAUACAACAAAAGGAUCACAUCUCGGAGAAUCAUUUGCUGGACCUCACUCCCUACAGGUGCCACAAAUCCAGAUGCCACAGACAUACUACCCUCAAGGCUAUCAACCACAGAUGCCACAGAUGCCACCAAUGUAUGGAAUGGCACCCCAUACAUAUAUGCCAAUGAUGCAAGGCCCAGCCUAUGAUAUUAGUCACAGACAGCCGUCAAUCCCACCACCUCAUCCAGAAAUAAGUGAGCAGGUAUUCCGUCCUACCCAUACUCCUAUAAUGAUGCCUCUUCCACAGCCAGACAGAGCCCAAGGACUGUCUAGAGCAGCCUAUGCCAGACUUUACUCAGCUGGUUUCCAUCCAAUUCUGGAUCGUAAUAAGGAGCCACCAGAAGUUAUAGAUCCUAAUGUACCAGUACAGAUAGACUUAGUCAAAGAGGAACAAGAUACAUUACAAUGUAAUGAAAUUAUCUUCCAGUUCUUAGCCUUCUCCAAAUAUGGCAGUGACAUCCAAGAGAAGAAUAAACAUGCCGGGACAGUAUUCUUUACUUUCCAAUUCUACAGGUGUCCACAAGUUACCACAGAAAGACUGUUGUUGGCGAAACCACAGAAUGACCUGUCUUCAGAUCCAUUGUCCAUGCCAUUUAUACUGCAGAGAUUAGAGAAAGAUGGAGCUCUAAGUAAUGGACCACCAGGACUAGAGGUUAAAUAUUAUAUGGAUCCAAUGUCUAUGAAACUAGGAGAAGUCAGUUUGCUUUUAUCUCAUCUAUACAGACAGAGAUUACAUAUUGAUGUCUGGGAUGGAGACUCACUGAUGAGGAUUGGUUCUGCUUCAGUACCUCUCAUGUAUUUAUGUAGAAGUGGACACGAAGCUGUUCAGUCGACCUUUGAACUUGAUGUAGUAAUGAUGGAAUAUGAUGACCCCAAUCUUAUAGCUGGUACCCAGAGUCAAGGUGCUCAGCCAUUAGGGAUACAGUCCAUGAUGAAAGGAAAACUGCAUUUUAGGAUGGCUAAUGUUGGACAUUAUUCUGAUCCUAAAGCCAACUUAAUGGAUGGCAUGUUAACAAAAACACAGCAGGUGUCCAGUAAAUCUACCAAAGUCAUUUCAAAUACAGCAGGUAACAUUGCUUAUCCUGGUGGCAGUCUAAAUACUAAUUAUACAGGUAUAACACCAAAGAAGAAGGUAGCCAGAGCUCAUCACAUCACAGAGAGUAACAGAGAAGUAGCAGCCCUACUUCACUCACAUCAGGACCAAGUUAUUCCUGAGAGGGACAAUAAUCGUGAAGGAGACUCAGAGAAACUGAGAAAGUUAUCACGUAUGGAGGCCGUCAGACAGAAGGAGGGAAUAGAUAAUAAGUUUAAUACUGUUAUGAGUUAUAAAACAGAGAAGCAAGAGAGGAUGAGAGAUUUUAAGACACUUGAGAUUUACCGUAUGCAAAGUAAGAAGGACGGAAUCUUGAACAUGCUCAGUCAGGCUAUCACUACAGAUCACGUGAUCAAUCCAGCAUUUGGUAGUACAGAAUUCUUUGAGUUUGUACUGAAAAAUCCUUACAAUGUACAGCAAACAUUUACUGUGGAGUUUGAUGACAAGUAUUUACAUGUAAUCACAGAUGCUCGUGAAUGGAGAUACUUCAAACAACUGAAUGGUUUACAGUCACCAUUAGAGGAAGGAAUGUUUACCAAACAAAGUAAAUCUCAGUUUGCAGAGAUCUUCCUCAGACCAAAGGAGACAGUGUAUAUUCCAUUUAAAUAUCUGUCGUUUAAGGCUGAUCACACUGUUCAUCCACAGGGACCAGUUGAUCCAUUCAAAAAAAGUGAAAAGAAGAUUGAAAAAUCAGAGGAUAGUUUGAAAGAAAGUCUAAUUAGGGUACAUUUUAAUGGAGAAGAUGGCAAGUCAGUAUCUAUCAUGUCAUUAAAAGUCCAACCUAUACCUCAUGUUAUAGACCAGACCUUCAGAUUCCAUAGUCCAGAACAAACAUUCCUAAAAAGGUCCAUUAGAAUACCUAUGGAUUCCUUACCUGGAGUGCCUGUAGGAGGCCGAGGACUGAAUCAGCUGUUUGUUAGGUGCAGUGAUCCUAAUAUAAUAACAGAAUGUAAAGCUACACAACCAGGAGAACCACUUGAUGUAUAUCUAAAGGUUGCAAUGGGUGCUUCUCCACAGAUUAAGAGAUUUUAUAUAGCCAUUUUCACUGAUGCCUUUAUGUCUAAGCCUAUCCAGGUUUGGCAAGUCUACGCCCAUUCUCUACAGAGAGUCGAUGUGUCCUGUGUGGAGGGACAAACAUCAAGAUUCUCCUUACUACUCAGGGGAACACAGUCAUCUCGUCUUGUUAGAUGUUUCUCAUCUAAUGAUCAAGAAAUGCAGCUGUAUCCAAAUGAACAAUUUAUGUUAGCUGCUGGUGCCGUCCAUGAACUCAGUGUAGCAGUCCGUCCAUUAAACGAGGGCAUUAAAAUCUUCCAUUUGAAUGUAGUUGAUAUUGAAUACCACCAGUUGAUCAGAAAUUGGCUGAUUUGUGUAACCUGCCGAUCUCCAAUGAUUUCACGGGUGUUUGAUCUUUCAUUACCAGUGGGAGGAGGAAAGGGAAGUAGCAAGAGAAUAACUUAUACCAAUCCUUACCCUCACAAAAAGACAUUUAUUCUACUCACAAAUGAGCCAGAAUUGUUACAGUUUAAAGAAACACGAAUAGAAGUCGAAGGUGGAGCGGAACACACGAUAGGAUUACGCUUUGCCCCAGUGAUGAAAACUGGAGCAUCUGAGGUCAUGGUGUUUAUUAACGAUGAGGAUGACAAAAAUGAGGAGACAUUUAAAAUUAAUGCUACUUAUAGUUAAGACCCAUAUUUAGGUAUUGCAUAUGUAUAAUAUCAGAUUAAUUUAUAGGUUGUUUAGUUUUUGCUAAUAAUGCUCUGUUGUCUAAAGAAACUUAUUAGAUCUCUUACUAUAACAAGUGCCUAAAACAAGUGAUGAAGUUAGAAAAAUUAACACUAUCUAAAAUAGAAAUGCCUUUACUAAAUUGAACCAGUUUUUAUUUCAUUGUUACAAAGUUGUAGAUUGGACAUUGUGUUUUGCGGGUCAGUAUCUUCAUUUAAAUGUAUUUAUGUAAUUUUAUCCUUCAAAAUGAUAUAUAUUUUUAACUGCCUGCCUUUACCUUUCCUCUUCUUUUUAAAAAAAAACUUUUUUCAAUAAUUAAGCGCUCCUGUGCAAACAAUGUAGAAGUAACUACAUCCGUGUUUUGGUUUUUGAAAAUAUAUUCAUUUAAGUAAGAUUUUACACCAAAACUUAAAAUAUUUCUUUGCAAGUGAUUGGUGUUAUUUACUCACGCUCACAAACUGUAAAUUCAGAAAUUAUUGCGUGCAUUUACUAUUGCAAUUUUUGUAGAAUGUACAAAAAUGCGAGAUUAAUUAUUGCGAUUUUAGGAAAGUCUCCAUACAGAUAUCUUUCUCAUUUCUUCUGCAACUCAAAUUAGAUAUACCUUGUUAUUAGCAGUAGAAUAGAGCAUUUGCUGAAGAUAGUGGUUUGAUUCUGGUAAUUAUAAUUUUAGUGAUUUCUACUAUACCCUCAAGAAGAUAAAAUGGCUCAAUUAUGAGCAAAGGUAGUCAUGAUUUUUGAAAACUGAUUUUAUUUUGUUUCUUCCAGGGAAAUAACAAGUUUAACAUUACAACGAUGAUUUAUAUUUAUACAGACAUUAAAAAGAAAUGGAAGUGAAGUAAUGAAAUUGCAUUUCCAAAAUUUUUCAACAUGUUCAAUCUGUAAAUUUUGACCUCCCAUGCUCAAGCUAGACAUGGAAUUUUUUGGUCCUAUAAGCUCAGAAGAAACCGUAUUUGACUCUGUGAUUACUUUUAGAAAAUGAAACUAUCUAUACCGUUAGAUACCAAGUUUGAAUAAUUUUGUUGUCUGAAAGUUUUAAUAAUGAAAAAGGGUUUUGUGUUUGAAUCUGCUGUUGUGAAUUGUCAAGUUGUACAUGUAUGUUGGCAACUACAUCUUUAAGCUAGGAAAUUUUAAAGAUGCCAUUGAUAGUGAUAUUCUUUUGAUAUGGAGUGAUAUGUUCUAUACAAUAAACAGGCAGUUUUCUACAUUCAUAGAUACUCGUAACAACAAUUUCAAUAACUACUGGUAGCACUCAGUAAUAAUUUGGUUAAAAUAAUCACCAAUUGAAGAUUACAAUUGUUAAUAUGUCUAUAUUUUUAUUGACUGCUAAAUGGGGAGAUUGAAACAAUUUCAUUCAUUUUUAGUAACUUAACUUUUACAGAUCUGAUUCAAACUGCCAACAAGCAAACUGUGAUAUUUAUAUUUAUUUAUAUAAUAUGUAGAUGUAAAAUAUAUUUAUGGUGAUAACUAUGAAUGUCAAAAUGAAAUAAAAUUUUAAAAAAUUA